AUGGCAGACUAUGAUUUUCCGAUGGAUACGUCCCCUCCGCCAGAGGGACCUGCGUACCCGGAUAUCGAUGAGACUCUGCACUACCCGUGGCAAGGAGCCCGGCAAUCAACCACCGAUCAUCAUGCUGCAUCGGUGAUUGACCCUCGUUUGUAUCAAGAUUUGUUUCCUCAGAACGAUCCGGAAAGCCAGCAAGAUUACUCAGCCGAUGAGCUAUCUGAAGGAAGCCAAGCCCCGCCUAGAGAUAUCAAUGGGGAGGAUGAAGAUUCUGAAUUUGUGUACACAGAGGAUGGGAGUGGCAGCGAUGAAGAAGAGGACGACGAGUCUCCAGAAGACGAUGACGAUGAAGAUUCAGCCGGGGCGCGGCGGCGUCGUCGCCGAGGUGGAGGUCGCUUCUCAGGUCGCUACGGCGCCCGCGGUGGCAAGGGAAUUAAAAGAGGGCCCCGUAAACCACUGGAACCCGGCCCGGAGUUCAAGAUGUAUCAUUCCGGGGCCACUGAAGCCUUCAUUGAUGGCGACUACGAGCGCGCUACCGAGCUGGUGAUGCAAGCUAUCCAGGUAAACCCUGAGAUGUUUACAGCUCAUUCAUUGCUGUCGGAGAUUUUCCUUGCUCAAGGCCAAAAAGACAAAGCCGUGGCGGCUCUCUGGAAUGGUGCUCAUACUCGACCAAAAGUUCCUUCAGUGUGGAUGAAGGUCGCUCGGCUUCUCUUGGAACGUGCAGGCGAAGAUCGACAAAGUGCUUUGCUCGACGUGAUGUAUUGCUACAGUCGUGUGAUUGAAAUUAGCCCCAAGAGCUAUAAUGUUCGAUACCAAAGGGCAGCAAUUUAUCGCGAGCUUGGGUACAACGGCCGGGCUGCCGCCGAAUACGAGCGGAUUCUAAAGGACCAACCAGACAGUCCCAGAGCUCUUCGACAUUUGGCAGAAAUCUACAUUGACCUCAACGAUGUGCCGAAGGCAAUAGAACAUUGGACGGCAAGUGUUGACCGCUAUUUGUUGCGUGACCCAGAAACAGUCCGUGAUUUCUCUUGGUCCGAUGUCAACAUCUACGCCGAGCUGUUCGGAUACGUGGGCCAACCCGACGAGGGACUCCAUGCUCUCAAAGCACUGGGAAGGUGGCUUCUUGGCCGCAAAGAUGAUGAAAUGUGGGAUGAUUUCGAGGACGAUGACCGAGAAUGGGAUCCGGAAGACUCCCCCCGCCGUAUCAAGACUGAAGGGUUCGUCCCUGGUCAAUGGCCUCGGGAUACUUAUGGUCUUGGACUUCCGCUCGAACUUCGAAUUAAAAUGGGUUUGUUUCGCUUGAGGAUGGGUGAAAGAAACCACAAUGAAGCAUUGCACCAUUUUGAAUGGCUGAACCCAGACGAUACUGCGGAAGGCGCUCGAAUCUUUGAUUAUGGUGACCUUUUCCGCGAGGUUGCAGAUGCCCUGAAGGACAUCGGAUUGCUCGACGAGGCGCUCCGUUUCUAUACUCCAAUUCAAGAAACCACGGAAUAUGCUGACAUCAGCUUUUUCAUGGCCAUGGCUGAUUGUUGCACACGGCUGGGCAAAGUGGAGGAUGCAGAGACUUGCUAUCUUACAGUUGCCGAGCAUGACCCAAAGAACAUGGAAUCGCGGGUGGAACUCGCGAGGCUUUACGAGAGCCUCGGAAUGAGCGAACAAGCCUUCAAAUUCGUUAACGAGGCUGUUCUGAUUGGCCGCCAGGAAACCAGGACCCGGCGACGGAGAAAGGACAACAGGCUUGAGCAGUUGGCUGAUGAAUUCAGGACUGGCACUGUAGCUCCGAGGCCGAUUGCGCCCAAACCCACCGAUGGACUCGCGACAUGGACAGCAACAACAACCGGCCGGAGGCGGUCACUGACCGGGGAAGCCAAUCGAACGGAAAACAUCCAGUUUCUAUACAGCAAAAUGCAACAGUUGGAGCCACUUAUCAAGGAAGGAGACACAGAAGCCAUUGAGGACUGGCUUGACAUUGCCGAUGCGCUGUUGCGUGACUUCCGGUCCAAUCGCAGUUUCUAUCCUAUUGCACGCACAAUGGAGUUCCAAGGAUAUUUGACCGAAGCGCAACGAAAGUCUGGAAAAGGCAAAGAUAUGACAAUGAUGAACGAAAUGCAAGAGAUGGCAGGGCGUUUGCAGAAAUCCCUGGGUGGUGAACCAGCAGAGGAGCCUUUACAGGACGUUGUACCGACCGACUACCACGGAAUCCCCUUUGAUGAAUGGCUGGAUAUCUUCCUUCAGUAUGCUCUCCUUGUGACUGAACAGGGUGAGCAAGGAGAAGCAUAUGAAACCCUCGAUGCCGCUGGAAAUGCCAACAUUUGGCACAAUGCCAUGCCCAAAAAGCAGUUGAUUCAUGUUUGUUGGUUCACUUGUGCACUUCGCGCCCGCGAUGAAGAAGCUCUUGUUGACCAGGCUCGUUGGUUUGUCAAGGAGUACCAAUUCGUUACCGACACGUAUCGAAUCUUUGCAAUGCUGAGUAACUUUUCUAAUAACCCGCGGAAGUCCCUCUUCAAUUCUUCCGCCAGCAUGAAGUUCAUGCUACGCCAGAUCAAGGCGAUGGAUUAUACUCUACCAGAAUUCAAUGACCGGCCCAACCGUGCCCGGCAGUCUAUCUGGAAGGAGCGUGCCUCUCUCUCGACCCGCGAUGAAGACGGCGAGCCCAAUCCAGCACAAAAACUCGAUACGGCUCUGCUUGUUCUUUACGGCCACAUGCUUUACUCUGGAGGCAGCUUCUACCCUGCCCUGAAUUACUUCUUCCGUGCAUAUGCCCUGGACGAUCAGAACCCCGCUGUUCUUCUCUCCAUUGCACUUUCCUACAUCAACCACUCCUUCAAGCGACAAUCUGAGAACCGGCAUUUCCUCAUCAUGCAAGGUCUUUCCUUCAUGGAUGAAUAUCGCCGUGUCCGAGAGAAACCCGGGACGCUCCUGCAAGAGCGUCAAGAAAUGGAAUUUAACUUUGCGCGGGUUUACCACGGUCUUGGACUGACUCAUCUGGCCGUUGAAGCAUACAAUAAGGUGCUCAAACUGGGCGAUGAAAUUCAGCGGAAUGCCCAGCAAGACACAGAUGGCAUUGAUGUGGUGAUGGGCGAAGCAAAUCAGGCUCCAGGGACCUUGACUUCUGCUUCCAAGGGAUUGGUUGAGGACUUUUCACAUGAAGCUGCUUUUGCUCUUCAGACUCUCCAUGUGCUCGCCGGCGAUGCGAAGCUUGCGAAAGCUGUCACUGACAGGUGGCUUGUCAUUUGA